AUGUCUGACAACUCCAGAGUGAGACAAGUAAACGACCGCAAUCUUCAAGAUUCGCGUGUGAACAUUGCACAGGCUUUCGGGUCUGUCUUUGGAGUGACAACACAAGCGGAGGCGCUGGAUUUUCCAAUAAUUUCAUUUGACGAGAACAUUUUCCCAGGUUCACCAUGUCCUCAAGAAAAUUUGAUGGAAUCGCUAAACCUGUACGACACUGAACAGGGCAAGAAAACGCAAGUAACGAUUUCACUUGAUAAUCCGGGCCAGUUCGACUUGGACCCGCUCUUAGAGAAUUCAGUCGACAUUCAAUUACUGCUGAAUAACUCCACACACGUAAACGACGCUGCUCUAGAGAGCAUUAUUUUGGGGGAGAAGACUGCUGACCCAGUUACCGUUGUCCCAUUUAGUGAACUGCAAACAACACAAACAAGUGCCUUACCUACUUUAAAGGAAUUUGACUUUAUGUCAAGUCAGGACCAGAUAACAACGAGUACAGAGACUGCCUGGUCAGUCUCGACCAUCAAGGCGGAGGAACUUAGCACAUGUGACGUCGAAAGUCUCGUUCACUCUCCGUCCGGGUCUGAACACGACGUCACUUCAUCGACCCUCUCCCCUCCGUCUUCGCCUCUUCAGAUUGUGCGUGGUCGCCCGGGCAGAAAACCAUCUGCUGGGGGUCCCAUCAGACCAAACAGAAAGAAACAACCAGCGAAGGGGACCGAGGAAUAUUUAGAUAAACGAGUCAGGAAUAAUAUUGCUGUGCGAAAAAGUAGGGACAAAGCAAAGAAAAAGCAACAAGAAACAGAAGAGAGAGUGCAAGAACUAACCACAGAAAACGAAAAUUUACAAAAGAAACUUGAUUUGUUAACAAAAGAACUUAAUGUGCUCAAGAGUUUGUUCAUCAAUGUCGGUGCCUCUCUACCCUCAAAAUUUGAAGAAAUUAUGGCAAGGUGACCUUGAACUCGGAACUUUGAUAAGCCCCAACUUUUGGUGGGACUUUGAUGUAAAUAGACCUUCUUUAAACCAUGUAGAUAGCUGCUUUGUAUUUGAGACUUGUAAAAAUUGUGUAACCAAAGCCGAAAAUGAUGACGGCAAAACUGUUUUUAUAACAAGUAUUUGUUGUUGUUGUAAUUCACAUUUUAUAUCUUUUCUAAAUAAUUGUAGUAAUAAAAACUUAAAACUUAA